UCCGUCAGUCUGACUGAAGCAACAACCUGUUUCAGACCUCAGGUGCAGCAGCUCCUCCACCUCCUCCAUUCCGCUCCUGACGCGCCACCAUGACGCACACCGCUCCUCUCCUCCUCGCGGUCAUCCUCGCAUCAUCAUCGCUCCUGACGCGGACUCGUGCAGGAGAAGCGUCGCUCUCCUGCGCCUCCAUCACAGUCCUGGAUACCAAUGACGUCAUCUACACCUUCCUCCGGAGGGACCCCCUGCGGCUCUACAGCAGCUCCUGGACCGGGCGGCGCGCUCUGCUCGGCUGCGCCUGGAGCGAUGACGCACAGCUGAUCCAGCAGUACUCCUCUCUGUGCCGCGAGCGCGCGCACGAGUUCUCCGACCAUCCAAUAGAGGAGUUCGACGUUGACUCCAUGUUUGAAAGUGAGGAUCUGUGCGUGUCUGCAGGGGACACCUGGGGCCGGGAGCGCACCGGGAGGAGGUUCACCGCCGGUGGGUCAGAGGUCGGGAGGGUUCAGCGUGUGAAGCGCGGAUUCAUCGUGCCCGGGACUCUGUGGUGCGGGUCCGGCAACAAGGCGCCAUCAUACGAAGAUCUGGGAGUGUUUUCACACACCGACAGCUGCUGCCGCGAACACGACCAGUGCAAACACACCAUCCUGUCCUUCCACUCGCAGUUUGGCGUCUUCAACAGCAACAUCUUCACCAUGUCUCACUGCGACUGCGACAGAAAGUUCCACAGCUGCCUGACGGAGGCGAACGACAGCAUAUCUGACGUGGUGGGAUACACUUUCUUCAACCUGCUGAAGAUGCACUGCUUCGAGUUCUCCCACCAGCUCCAGUGCACGCAGAGGAACUGGUUCGGGAUGUGUAAGGAGACUAAACUGGCUCUCUAUGCUGAGGUCCACCCGCCCACCAUGUACGACUCUCCCAGUCCAACAGAGGUCAGCGUCAACACGUCACAUCCUGCCGCAGCAUCCACAGUCCCUCCACCCUCCAUCAGCACCGCCUCCACGGUCACAAACACAACCGAGGGACCGGCAGGACCAGAACCAGGACCAGGACCGGAGCGUACAGACGAGCUGGAGAACACUUUGUCCACCAGGGAGCAGGACGCUGCAGAGUCGCAGCUGUCCUGUUCCGUCUACAAGGAUCUUGAUGAGUGCAAGAGCAAGAUCCUGCCCCAGCAGACGCGGUACGGCAUCCAGAACCAGGAGUCCACUACGCUGUACCACUGCAACUGUACCACCAGAUUAUUCCAGACUUUGGCGAAGCAGAAACAGCUGACCGACGUACAGACUCGUCUUCUGGGUCUCGUGUCUCUGUCCUGCUUCCUGCCACAGAACUGCACAGCAGGCGGCCGCUGUACAGCGGUGGUGGUGAAAACAGAGCUUCCUCAGGUGGAGCAGAGGAGCGGCGCCGAGGUGGAGGAGCGGCGCCAUCUACAGGCCGUCAGACUGAAGGUCAGGAGGCCAAACAGCAGGAGAGCGAAGAGGAAGGAUGGAGCUGCGAGGCUUCUUCACAGACUCUGUCUCCGGAUGGUCAACAGGAGCAGGAAACAAGCUGCACGUCAGCCGGCAGCACGACAACGAGAGCUGGAGUGAACGGGAACAACAUGGAGGGUCAGAGUGAUCAAUAAUUAAUAAGACGACGGGAAAUCAUUUGAAUAAGUGCAGAUUAAAAUUCUUUUUUUUUAAGUCCAGCACAAAUAUUUCAAAGGUUUCACAUCAUAACGCCCCCAAACUAAAAGUCUUUGUCAAACAGAAUAAUGAAACUUAAAGACUGACAGUAAAUUUGAUUUAAUUUAGUUAUGGAUCAACAAAAACACACAAUUUAAAGGGAUAAUAUGUCGAAGAGAGCAAACAAUUAUGAACAACAUCCUCCCAACAGUUUCAUGUUUGACUCACGUUUCUA